GACCCGAAACAAGGUCUAUUGGCUACGCCAUCUACAGCCACAACCACACACAGCUACUCCAAUUCUCCCGAAUCCACAUCAAACAAGCGAUCCAGCGUAUCAUCGACGUCACCCGAACCUCCCAAAAAGCGCGGUGGACGUAAGCGAAAGGCAGAAUCGCCGACAGAGGGAGGUGGAGAGGGAAUGCUCCUCGAGGGUAUCAUGCAAGAUGGCGACGAACCUCCUGUGAAGAAAACCUCACACAAUGUUAUUGAGAAACGCUACCGCAACAACCUCAACGACAAAAUCAUCGAACUUCGAAACAGUGUGCCUAGCUUGCGCGCCAAAGGUCGUGCGAAAGACGCCGAAGACCUUGACGGAUUGACUGCAGCCCAUAAGCUCAACAAGGCAACAGUAAUGGCCAAGGCGACCGAGUACAUCCAUCAUUUGGAGAAGCGCAAUGAAAAAAUGGCCGAUGAGAUGGCAACACUUAAGGCUCGCCUGGCGGCAGUAGAGAUGGCGUUGGGUCGAGAUGGUAGCCACAGUGCGGGUUCAUCGCCAGGCUCUACCUCCUCCAGGAAAGCAUCAUCUGCAUCGCAAUCCGGACCUUCUUCCUUCUUGAGUGUCCCUUCUGAGCAGAUACGCUACACCCAACCGGUCACGUCCCAACAAUACAGGUCACAACAAGCGGCACCUACGUAUGCUCGUCCCCCGAACGCCCCCGUGGAUGCGCAGAACAAACCCAAAGCCCUCAAGUCCAAAGGCGGCGUUGCCAACAAGGUCAUGCUUGGCGCAAUGGCCGGCAUCAUGGUCAUGGAGGGCGUCAACGAACAGCAGUCUUCUGGCGGCGGUUCCUCUGAUCGAUCCCUGGCUGGAGUGCCCUUAUCACUCUUCCGACGGUCGUGGAGCGGUGAAGGAAUGCCCCUUGCUCGACAAGCCGCGCUACCACUCAUCAAAGUUGCUCUCGUCAUUGGCGUCCUGCUUUACGUCUUUGCGCCUUUCCUCCUCUCGUUCACCGCGUCGAAGAAGCAAAAGACCAGAUCUGCUGUCAGACUUCCUCAGGCGCCAUCAUUGGCAUCACCAGUUGAGGUACGACGGAAAGCCUGGCUUACUGCAAUUCAAUCAGUUUGGGUGCCAAAACAUUUCUUGCUCGAAGUCGUGGCGGUGUGCGCAAAGAUGAUUCAACUGAGCGUGAGGAGGCUUAUCGGUUCCGAAGCCUUCACCAAUAUCACCGGCACCAGCAAAGAAGAAGAGGCCGCUCGUCUCAAGGCAUGGGAUAUCGCUAUCGAUGCGCAGCUGGCCGGUGGCGAUGCUCAAGUCAGCUACUACCGUCUCCUGUUAACGCUCAUGGAGAGUGGAACUUUACCCGAUUCACCUGUGCGACUCAUGCAAAAGGCUGUACAUUUCCGUGUCUUCUUCUGGGACCUUGCUAAUAUCGGUUAUGGCAACUUCUUUGGCUUCAAGCGUUUCACGGAGAAAGUCGGGGCAUACUAUUGGGACUCGGCACGGAAGUUGCAGAAGGAUCUCAUUCAAGCACAGCAACAAGGUCGGCCCAACGAGGGCGAUGAUGAUGAGGUGGAAGUGCUCCCCGAUCAUCUCGCCAUGUUGCUUGAGUUGGAAUGUGACGACGUACUGAGCGACGAGAUGAUUCAACGUGCGUGGAACCUCGCGUGGAACAAACCAAGCGCGCACGGCACCAUUGCAAACCCGGCGCGCGACAGUGUCGUUGAGGACCAUGCCAUCCGAUCGCCUCUAGAUGCAGUCGCUGCAUGGUAUGCCAACGCCACCCUCGACACCACGCUCGCCGAUGCUCUUCUCGCAUCUGCCGAGCCGGAAGAGAGGCUGCGAGCCGCCUCGACGGGCACUUCCUGCCUCGAUACAGAAUACUACAUUGGCCUUGCCUUGCGGGUCGCACCGCCUGCGUCGCACACCCACGUGCGCGCACUGGCCGCCAAGGCCGUGCUAUCCAGCUCCAACCGCGAUGCGAACAUCGUCGCCGCUCUGGAGGCUCUGCCCGUCUUAUCGUCCGAAGUCCCAUCAACGACCCAAAACAACGCCAACUCAACUACCAGCAUCGGCAUGAAUCUCGUCCCUCACACACCUGCGUCUCCUGAUAUCUGCACCGCACUCACGUUGGCGAAGCUCGUUUCCCUUCUUUCCACCUCGCCAUCAUCGGACGCAGCUCGCUCAAGCCGCGCCCGUGCCCACGACGCUCUCGCAAACCUUGAUCUUCCAUCUACGCAUCAUUCCCUCCUUACAGCCGUCGCCACCUACCGUCUCUUACGAUUGCUUGGCAACGGCAAGAACACCAGGCCCAACAAAAGCCACGCUCAGAACGCCCUUCUUCCCCGCUCCACCAUCAAUGGCAUCGAGAACCUCGCGGCCGGUCUCCGCGUCUGGAUCGGCACCGGCGCCCCUUCCACUGCAUCCGACGCCCUCAGCGACGACGAUGAACCGGGUUACUCGUCGACAAUUCAUGACUCGGGACCUUCGAUCGGAGUGAUCGGCGCCCUGGAACGGGAAAUCGUCGUGCGAUUGUGCGUAGACAUUGGCCGGAAAUUCGGCGGUUGGGAUGAAGCGGGACGGGACAGUGGGUACGGGUCGGAGGUCUCGGGGUCAGAA